AUGGGGAACAGUGCAACCUGCUGCAGAGCCCCCAAUGGCAGACUCAAGCUGGGCCAGCACAAGCACUCAGGCAAGCCACAGUACAAGUCUGAGAUCUGUAGGGUGGUGGCUGGAGAUGCAGCACAAGCACUUGGUUCCCAAGAAACUGAGGAGUUUUUGAUGGGAAGGAAGGAUGGUUACCACCUGUACCACAUCAGUGACUGGGAGAGGCCCAAAGGUAAGGAGAUUUAUUUAGAAAGGCUUUUAUCUUAUGCUGACAUGGAUGUCUGUCCUACUAACUGGAAAAGGAUUGUCUUGGGAGCCAUUCUCCUUUCCUGCAAAGCUUGGCAUGAUGAGGCUAUAUGGAAUGUUGACUUCUGCCAGAUCCUCAGGGACAUUCCACUUGAGGACAUGAAUGAGUUGGAAAGGCAUUAUUUGAAUCUACUUGAGUUUAACGUUAAUGUGUCUACCAGUGUUUAUGCCAAAUACUAUUUUGAUCUUCGCUCUUUAGCCAAUGACAAUGACAUGUCUUUUGUGUUUGCACCUCUCACCAAAGAAAGAGCACAGAACCUAGAGGCCCUGUCAAGACCGUGUGAAGAUGAAGACUUGUGCAGAGCAGCUAUGAGAAGAUCUUCCAGUGACAGCAAUUUCAUUGUCAUGCAGCUGUCUAAUGCCAUCCUCUCUUAA